AUGACGUUGUCCUCGUCGUCCGAACAUCGAGCCCCAGUACACCAGCACCGUCCAGUUCAUCAUGUCUGGGGUGUUAUCUGCCCCUCUGUACUGCGGGAAGUUCAGAAUCGGGAUCAUGAGCGUCACGAAACACACGGCCACCACACCGGACGGAAUGGAGAACGCACCAAGGUGCCACGGGCCUUUUUGGAACGUUUUCCUCGAAUAGGUGAUUCUGAGCAUUGUUGGCACUGUGAAGGAGAUGAAGGAGCCGAUUGCCCCGACGGAGAAGAUGGCGUCGAUCGGCGUUCCGCCGCCAAACAUGAGCAGCAGCAGCAGCUCGCCCAAAAACCAGUUGGCCCACACAGCGUUGACGGGGGUCUUUGUGGUGGUGUUGACGUGCGACCAGACUUUCGAGAGCGGGAAACAGCCGUCUCUCGAGUACGAAAAGAGCACUCUGGACGCGGCAAUCAUACAGGAAAAGGCCAUGGUGAAGGAGAGAACAACGGCGAACGCGGUCAGCGUGAUGACUCUUUCUUUGGUCAUGAUCUGCGCCAGAAACGCGACGUACGGCUGGCCCAGCUCGUCGUUGACCGCGUCGUCAACGUCGACGAUCGUGUACGCCAUGGCGAGCUGGAAAACGAACCCGAGAAUGCCUCCGACGGAGGCCGUCAGCACGAUGGCCCGCGGAGUGGCCACCUGGGCGUUGCUGCACUCCUCGGCAAGGUGGAACGGCGAGUCGAAUCCGGACAUCGUCCAGAUCACGGCCAUGAAACUCAUCAGAAUGCAGAUCCCGUUCGGCCACUCGGUAAAGUUGGUGAUUCCCCAGGCCGCGUCGUUGCUGUUGAACUUGGGAAGCCCCUGGUCGCUUCUGUUGUUGCCGCCGAGGAUGAUAACGAAGGAGAUGAACAAAAAUAG